AUGGCCAAACACAAAAGGACAUCACUGAACGACCAGGUACUACAAGGUCCAGACUUCAACAACAAAUUACUUGGAGUCCUGUUUAGGUUUCGCCAAGGAACUACAGCCAUCAUGGCAGAUGUGGAGGCUAUGUACCAUCAAAUCCAUGUAGCACUAGAACAUCGAGAUGCGUUAAGAUUCCUCUGGUGGGAGAAUGGGGAUCUGAGUAGAGAGCCAGUAACUUACAGGAUGAAGGUGCACAUCUUUGGUGGGGUGUGGAGCCCUUCAUGUGCAACUUACGCUCUCCGGCGCACAUUCCAAGACCACAGAUCCGAGUUUCCCGACAUGGUGGCGCAAGCGGAAGUCAACUUCUACGUUGAUGACCUGCUCAUGUCGCUGGACUCAUCAAAUGAAGCAUCAAUGUUUGCGUGUCAGCUUCGAAGACUGUUGGCGUGUGGAGGAUUUCGGUUAAUGAAGCGGGCCAGUAAUCACAAAGGAGUGUUGGCUACCAUCCCACCAGAGAGGCAAAAUGCACUGAAGGAAAUUGAUCUGAGGCAAGACAAAUUGCCAAUGGAGCGAGCCCUGGGGAUUAGGCGUCGAUUAGGGUGGGAAGAAUCUUUGUUGGCUGUUAAUCACACGACCUGGAGCACCUGGCUAGGAGAACUGGCCCACCUAGGGAAAUUAAGGGUACCCAGAUGCCUAAAAACAGCAAGUGCUAAAGAAAUCAUCUCAGCACAGUUGCACACCUUCUGCGAUGCAUCGCAGGCUGCUUACGGUGCGGUGACCUAUCUGAGAAUGGUAGACUCUGGCGGAAGUAUCCAGUGCUCUUUCGUGUACGGACGGGCCAAGCUGGGCCCACUCAAGCAACUGACAAUACCAAGGCUGAAACUUUGUGCAGCUGUCCUGGCAGUGAACGCUGAUCGAACGAUUCACCGAGAAAUGACCAUGACCAUACACGAAUCUUAUUUUUGGACGGAUAGCAUGCUAGUCUUGCAGUACAUCGCCAAUUCGAGCAGACGAUUUCAAACGUUUGUAGCCAACAGGAUAGCAGUCAUACAGGAGCUGUCAAGAACUGACCAGUGGAAACAUGUCGGCACAUCGCUGAACCCAGCAGAUGAUGCAACUAGGGGAUUACCUAUCCUGGACCUGGUUGCAGGAUCUUGGUGGAUACGAGGUCCUGAUUUUCUACUCAGUGUUGAAGAACGGUGGCCAAAGGGAAAGGAACUGCCAGCAGUUCUGAACGACUUACUGGAGGUGAAAUGA